AUAGUAGGAAGCGUUUCGCUCUUGGGUUUAAUGAUACCUGCCUUGGGAAGAUUACCGGUAAAUGUCAUUCCAUCUCUUCUUACAAACUUUCUCCGCUCACAAGCACUCAAAAGAAUAUCGUCUGUCGGCCCAGAACUGUGUAGAGCUGAUCCGGUUGAUGUGAUGUGCAGUCCAGGAUCGGGGGGGCCGGCAGAGGACGCCUCUGUAGAGUAUGUGUACUGCAGAGGAGCAAUAACAGAGCUGCUUAAAUAUGGACCAACAGACCUGCACGCUGCCAUCAAAAGCCCCAAUCCUCCCAAAAUGCUCAUCCUUGUCAUUCCAGGUAACCCAGGUGUGGUGGGCUUCUACAAGACAUACAUGUGGACGCUGUAUCAGACGUUCAUCCGGAGAUAUCCAGUGUGGGCCGUGAGCCAUGCCGGACACUGUAUGCCUCCAGAAACCUAUGAUAUGAUUGAAGAUGCAUCUGUGACUGAGAAGGAGGAUGUUUUUGGGCUAAACGGGCAGAUUGAACACAAGCUGGCCUUCCUUCGAAAGCAUGUGCCUCGGGACACCAACCUGCUGCUGAUUGGUCACUCCAUCGGUUGCUACAUCAUCUUGGAGAUGAUGAAGAGAGACCCAGAGCUAAAGGUUGUGAAGGCGGUGAUGCUCUUCCCCACGAUUGAGCGCAUGGCCUGUAGCCCUCAAGGCAAGGUCAUGACCCCUGUGCUCUGCCGGCUGCGGUACGCCUUCUAUUUGCCCAUCUUCCUGCUCUCCCUCCUUCCAGAGAGGCUGAAGGUCAGCAUAGUGCGUCUGGCUCUUAGGAAUUUAUAUGCAGUGAACACCUCCAUCAUCCCAGCCACCGUCAGCCUGAUCAAUGUAGACUGUGCAGCCAACGGUAUGUACAUGGGAAGCCAAGAAAUGAGACUGGUUGUAGAAAGAGACAACGCAACUGUACGUCAACACCUCAGCAAGCUUAUUUUUUACUAUGGAGCCACGGAUCACUGGUGCCCAGUGCAGUAUUACCAUGAUAUCAGAAAAGACUUCCCUGAAGGGGACAUUCGUCUGUGUGAGAGGGGCAUCCGGCAUGCAUUUGUCCUGGAUGCAGGGGAGGAAAUGGCUAACAUGACGGCAGAGUGGAUCUUUGAUGACUUGAGGACGCUCUGACUGCCACAUUAACAUUUUAUUCCCUUUUAAUGUCUACCAGCCAAAUAUUCUAACUGUGCCCCCUGUGUGAGUUUUUUUAAUGCGACCAGUAUUUUAGCACGUAUUACCUAUUUCCAUGGCAAAGCAUCAAGCUUGUCACAAAACACUUCACAAUGGUGCUGUAUAUGACUGAUGUAUUGGUGUAUGGCAUUUAAUUUGUCAAAUAUUCAUGAUUGUAAAAUAUCUGAUGUUUUGAUUCUCAAAUAUGUGUAUGUAAAUGUAUUUUGUCCCACAACUAUGUGGUGCAUUGCUUUAGUUUACUUCAAGAGUCUCUAAUUUCUGUCAAGUGGACAUUGUAAUUGUCUGUUUGUGAUAUUUAUGGGAAUGAUUUGUAAACACACAAAUGUGCAGUUGGGUGUGGAGCAAGACAAGUCAAUUAAUUAAUUUAUUUUAGUGGAAACUUGACUUAACCAGACAGCUCACAUGAGAAGAAAAUUCGGUAACACUUUAGAAUAGGGAACACUUAUUCACUAUUAACUACGACAUUUCCCUCAAUAAAUUCCUAAUUUGCUGCUUAUUAAAAGUUAGUAAGGUAGUUGUUAAGUUUAGAUAUUGGGUAGGAUUAGGGAUGUAGAAUAAGGUCAUAUAGAAUAAGGCAUUAAUAUGUGCAAUUAAUAUAUUAAUUAGUACUAAUAUAUGGCUAACAUUUUAGUAAUAUGCAUGCUAAUAAGCAACUAGUUAAGAGACCCUAAAAUAAAGUGUUACCGAAAAUUCUUAUAUAUGAUGACCUAGCAUGAAGAUAUUGUCCUCUUGAUGGGAAAUUGAAAUGAUUAUUCAAUAACAUCAGAAGGUUAAAAAACAAUACAUAUUAAAAACUACACAGAAUGAUUUAGACUGCAAAAGAUUAAAACAUUGUUAAUAAACACAUUUGCAGUUGAAAUGUAUCAUUUGUACUUCUAUGUAUUGCUGCUAUAUUAAUUUAAUACAGUUAAAUGACAAAUUACAGUGUUGAUUGCAAUGUAUAAAAUAUUUUAAAUAUUUAGUAUGUAAAGAAGUGUUGCUUUAAUAUUUAUUUCACAUUGUAUAUCACACUUGUAUGAUUGUUUUAGGUUUUUCAGUUAAAUGUUUUACACAGAACAUGUUACAUGUGAUUUGAUUUCUGUCUGAAGAGAAAUUGUAUUAUUAUGGCAGGAAAUGCCUGUUCUAGCACGGGUCAAAUGCGGGCCUGUCAGCAACGACCUGGGACCUUGUAGAACCACAAAAUUAUGAAUUUUAAUGAAGCUCAGGCUAACCCUCAUUUAAGGCUGGAAAAUUGUGCAUAUUUGAGCUUUCUCCAUAUGAAUGAACCUCAACAUUAGCCCUGGAUCAUUUUUAUUUUCCAGACGGCAUCAGCAGGACUCUGGAAUAGUGUUUUACCUGUAAAGCUGCUAUUCUAUUAGUUUGAGAUCUAUUUGGAUUCUUUAGGCCCCAACUUGGCUCCUGACACCUCCCAAGAGUUUGCUUUAUGGUGAAUGGAGGAGCCAAAGCGGGACCCCUUAUAAGAAAAGCCGGCUGUAGGUUUGUUCUCUGCUUGCAUGGUUUUGUGGGGGUUACCAAG